UCAGCAAUGGUACCUUUACCAAGCAGUCAUGCACCGGUACCGUACAGUAUAGCCGGUACCGUUAUUACCGGUACCGGUACCUAGCUACCUGCCCUACUCCUAAGUUCCCAUCCCAUCCCUCCAAGACCCAGACCUUCCCCAGCAUCCCCGGGUUUGAACUUUGAAUGUCUGGGCGUCACGUUUCCUUGUGUCCUGGCCGCCAUGUCCUCCACGCUGACCUUCGCCGACCAGAACGGGAAAUGGAACACUGCUGAGGACGCCCAGCCUGUAGCAGAUGCCAUCCGUGCCGCCACAGACCUCCGCUGCCUGGACCUGAGUGCCAACACUCUAGGGGUGGAGGCGGCCAAGGUCAUUGGUGAUGCCCUCGCCUCCCACCCAGAGUUUGAACGUGCCCACUGGAAGGAUCUCUUCACUGGACGCCUCAAGACAGAGAUCCCUGAAGCCCUGAGGCACCUGUUCUCUGGGCUGAUAAGAGCUGGGGCGAAGCUGAAGGAGCUGGACCUGAGUCACAAUGCCCUGGGGCCGGUGGGGGUGGAGGGCAUGGUGGACUUCAUGUCUUCCCCGGUCUGCUACUCCCUUGAGGAGGUGCGUCUUGACAACAACGGCCUGGGCAUCAAGGGCGGCACCAUGCUGGCACAGUCCCUCCUUAAGCUGGCGGAAAAUGCCAAGGCUGCUGGCACUCCCCUCAAGCUCAAGGUGUUUAUCUCAGGACGCAACAGGCUUGAGAAUGAAGGUGCGACAAAGUUUGCAGAGUUCUUCAAAGCCUUGGGUACACUGGAGGAAGUGGCCAUGCCUCAGAAUGGCAUUUUCCACGUUGGCAUUGCUGCACUUGCAUCUGCCUUCAGCACCAACCCCAAUCUGAGGAAACUCAACCUGAAUGACAACACAUUUACUGCCAAGGGAGCAAAGGCAAUGGCAGAGAAGCUUCCGAUGAUGCAGAACUUGGAGGUCAUUGACUUUGGUGACUGUCUCAUGAAGACGGCCGGAGCUAAAUAUAUCGCCAAUGCUCUGGCGGACAACCACACCAAGCUGCAGGAGCUGCGGCUGGACAGCAAUGAGAUAGGGGUGAAUGGGGGCCUGGAGGUGGCCAAUGCCAUGGUCAACAAGGUCAACCUCAAAGUCCUUAACCUGGACUGUAACCAGUUUGGUGGGGAAGGUCGAGAGAACAUAGUCAUUGUCCUGCAAGACAUUGGCCGCCUCGAUGCCUUGGACACCCUGGAGAAUGAUGAGGAGUCUGGCAGUGAGGAGGAGGACUCGGACGAUGAAGAUGAUGGAGACGAUGAUGAUGAUGAUGAGGAGGAGGAGGAAGAAGAUGAUGAUGUGCAGGAGGUACAGCCAUCUGGUGUGAGUCCCUUGAAGCGAGAUGCUGCUCCCCAGCCUGUCAAGUGUACAGCUGCCGAGUUCAGAGCACAGCCGACGGCAGCGCGUCUCUUGGGUCUGGGCAACUCAGGGCCUUCCCAGCUGGUGGAGGAGGCGAGGCAGCUCUCUGAAGGCUCACAGGCAGAGUUCAUCUUCCACUGCUUUGGUCUCCUGAUGCGCACUGCCUCUCUUGCUACCUCCAAUAACACCAAGGUACAAGAGGCAGUAAAGGACGUGGCAGACCAGCUAACCGAGGCAGCUUUCAGUGGGGCGGGAGGGGAAGAUACCUCCUCCGUCGCCACCAAUUCCCUGCUCAUCCAUCUCGGCCUCAUCAAGUGUGAGGACAAAAACUUCAAGCUGGAGUGGGACCUUCGUGGCUGCCUCCUCACCCUGGCGGCCCUCGUGAGGCAACCCAUCUUCCCUGCCCAGACCAAGAAUGCCCUGCAGCUUUUCCUCUCCAGACCCAACUCCAGGAUUGACAUAUAUGGCCAGGAGAAACACAAGCUCAUGGUGGCCCUGUUCCAGUAACACCCGGCCGGCCCACUGUUACCUUCCCCUGAGUGGUGCAAGGCAAGAGGUAGUUUGUGUUACUGGCUGUCGGCUCACCUUGGUUUACCUUUACUUGUGCUCAUUAAUUUAUAGAGGUCAGCCAACAUCUUUCUUCACCUUGUCGCCUCUCGAGACUUUCCUUGCAGUUCAUUGUUGUCUGUUACGGGUCUGUGUUCGGUGUAGCUGAGUGUUGCUUGCCAUUGUGAGCAAGCUACAUGUGGUAAUACAAGACAGAGUUUCAAACCAUGCCAAAAACUUAUUAUUUAUGAAGACCUUCGUAAAUUUGCUUUUAUCCCUAGUUGUGUCGUUAGUUAAAAAUACAGUGAUUUUUAUUAGUUGGCGAGUAAGGAAAUAAUAGUACCUAAUCAUUACAGAGAUUUCUGUAUAGUCGAUAAUAAUUCAGUGAUUAGGUAACUUGGUAUUUGAUUUACAUUAUUAUAUUGUAAAUUGAAUUUUUGAUUAGACAGGGCUGGAACUGAUCAAACCAUAAGGGCUGUUGGAAAAUAAGAAAAGUUGUUGACAGGGAACAAAGCAUUGGAGCUGAAGAUAGAUACGUAGAGUCCUGUUUUAUCCUUCAUUCUGACCAUUCCACCCAUCUCUCUCUCUCUCUCUCUCUUUUUCUCCCUCUCCUCUCCUAUCCUCUCCUCUCCUCUCUCUCAUAUUCAUAUUUGAAAAUUAAGCUCAGCAAACAACAGCAGGUUGCUACAAGUAUGAAAUGUAAUGAUAAAUAUCAUUCCAAAUGAAAAUUAUAAAAUAGUAGAAAGUGAGAAUCAAAUUACUCUUUAUUUUCCAGUUCAGUUUAUGGAGGAAGUAUUGUGGAGAUGAUUCAGUUACUUUACACAAGAGAGUCAGGGCUGUGGCUUUAGUCAGGUGGCAGCGUCAAUGUGUGCCAACAAGGAACGCCAAAGUCACCCAUUAUAAGUUCAAACUAGCAUUUGCUGUAAUGUCAAGUUCACACUGCUGAAGUACACUCAUGUAAUCUCACUUAUAUAUUUUAUAUCAUGAUCAUUUUGUAUGCAUGUCUUGAUUUCUCUCAUUUUGUGACAUACAUCUUGUGCCUCAGAGUACGAAUUCGUGACACUCAUACAAUAAAUGCUCUCAUCUGGGAA